GUAUCUAUCUCAAAUUUCCCAUUUUCAAAACGACGUCUUCACUUGUUAUGGAACUAUUUCGAUCGCCGCCACAAACGGCAAUGUUUCCUACAACAGCUUCUAGUUCUUUUGUCUCAGCGGCUCUUCAUCAACAACAAUCAUCUCCAUCAUCAAAUCUUCCAGUAAUCCCUUCACCAACUGAUAUGAUUACUGUAACAUCAACAUCACCAAUUCCAAUCACAACUUCUGCAUCACCACCGAAUCUUCCAAUGUUCUUAAGCUUUCCGAGCACAUCAACGACGACAAGUAUCCUUAUGGAUACUGUAUUAGCUGCUCAAAAACUGAAUCAACAGCAGAAUCAGCAAGCAUUCAAUUUUAUGGUUGUGAAGCAGGAAAAUGGAGAAACUGGAAGAAAUUUUAUGACAAUGAAGCAAGAUGCUCUGCAAGCAAUCACUAAUACAGUUUCAAGGAAUUCACCGCCAAAUGUUAUUAAGGGCGAACGGUGUGUUGGAUGUGGCAGUGAAUCAGCGAUUCGUGUUCACUACGGAGCCAGCUCAUGUCAUGGAUGUAAAGCCUUCUUCCGUCGAUCAGUUUUUGAAGGGAGAGUCUAUAUGUGCUCGGCUGACAAUCAUUGUGAUAUUACUAACGAAUCCCGUAAUCGAUGCCGCGCUUGUCGUCUUCGCAACUGCCUCGAAGGAGGAAUGAAUCCAAAACAUGUUCGAGAAGAACGCUCAAAAAUUGAAAGAAUGCCAGGCAACACAUGUACAGUAUCCGCCGCAAAUGGAGUAUCUCAUUCAUCUUCCGCAGCGUCUGCUUCACCUGAACACAAGUUCUCAUUUAGUCUCUCCACUAUUGCUCCAUCAACUUCAACUGGAAGCUUCUCAUCUGGCUCACAACCGGCUCCAAUUGAAUCUACAAACUCUUCGGGCUCAGAGGCGGAAGUUUUGGAUAGAAAGUUGAUUCAAGAGAAUCAACUAACUCUUUUCAUGGUUGCAUUGGAGAAGCAAACGGAGCAAUUAACAGAUGAUGAUGUGAAGGAUAAUGACGUCAUGGGUGCAUGGAGCAGAGACAUUACUCUCACAUUUGGUCUGCAACAUCCGCAAAUGGUCAUUAAGCGGUUACCACUCAAAUACUCGUGUGACCGAAUCAUGGAGGCAGCCGAUCUCUACCUCUCCUGGUACCGUUCAUUCGUGUUUGCUGCCGACUGGGCAAUGGGAAUCCCGGAGUUCCGUGUCCUCCCACUCGCCGAUCAGACGACACUUUUCAAGCAAAACUUUAUGGCUUUCGGAUGGAUCACAUUUGCCUAUAAGUGCUUUGAGUUGAAGCAACAUUUGACUGGAAUGCCACUCGGAAACGGUGCCUACAUCCCGUACAACGACGAAGAUCAAAAGAAGCUCCCAGAACGAUGGGCUCAAACGUAUGGAGUUGUGUGCCGCAAGUUGAUCGAUUUGAUUGUAAAGGCUAUGAUUGAGUUGCAAAUCACUGAGGAAGAGUAUUGCCUCAUCAAGACUAUUUCUCUAUUCCAGCAAGAUUGCAUCCUUUCGGAAGCCGGUCAAGGAAUCUGCUCGCGAAUGCGUGAUCGCCUUCUUGACGCUCUUUCAGCCCACAUUGAAAAGCGGUACCCAUAUCACACGACCAGUCAACGAAUGACUCGUGCUUUGAAGAUCUCACUCAUGUUGCCAAGCUUCUCGCACAUUGGACAAGUCGAAUCUACAUUGAUCACCCAACUCACUGCAGCUGAUCUCCAUCAACUCAGCGGUGUCCCAAUGGAAAUUUGUACUGCCCAAACCACUCUCUAGAUGCCAAAUCCAUAUACUGUGUUAUUUGCCUACUAAAACUCUCUCUUUCUCUAUUUCUCUUUCUUCAUGUUUCUCUUCUCGUUUUUCUUGAAAUCGUGUGCUUUGCGGGUUAAAUGUUCUUUUAUUGAAUGUACACACCUCUUUUCAUUUCAAUCAUUCAUCUUGUUCUAUGUCUCAUUUCUCUCCGUCUCUCACUCACUCACUCUACACUCAUUUUCUCAUCUGUGAUUCUGAAUUUCAUUUCCAGUCCAACCUUGUUUUAGAUGGAAAUUUCUUAUUUAUUAAUUUGUAUGUACACCUUGAUGGCUUUAUUGGUUUUUUACUCUCAAAAUUGUUUUAUUUUUGACCUGAGAAAUAAAUUUCUUCGUGGAUUAAA